CGACACAACUUGCAAGGAACGCAACUAGAAGAGAUUCUCAAGAGAGGGACCCUCCCUCUUUUCCACUUUCUCUCUUUUCGCUCGCGGCGGUCCCUCUUCUCGUCUACCAAAUUAAUUACUAACCCCUUCCACGUCUCUCUCUCUCUCCCUCAUCACUUCUCAUCCCAUCCCCUCCUCCCCUCCCUCCUUUUGAAUCUCGUCCCCUCGUCGCGUGUCCCCGUCCGUCUACUUCUCCUGCCGACGCCGACACCCGCCGACCGUCGUCUUUUUCGUCCCUCCGUCUGCUUCCUCACCGGCGCGUCACCAACUUGACAUUGAAAUCGUUGUUGUGCAUCUCGCGACUUCGAGUACUCCCUUGGUUGGAGGACCCCCGGAAAGAGAAGCCUGGAGAAGACCGGCAAAGCUGCGUGAGAAAACAAGGAAAGAAACACCUUUGUCUGAAGACUUAACAAUCUCUUGUACCUGAGGGUUUCUUUCUUCUUUCUCACCGUGCUGGACUAGGACUUUUGGGCUUUUCUGCCUGCUUUUUUUUAUUUUAUUCUUCCUCUUUUACCACCUAAUUUACCACCUUUUCUUCUUUCUGGCAUUCGCUUUUACUCCCACCUUCCCUACACCAGCAUAACGUUGUUGCAGGUAUCAUACCUGUAACUCAGCCAACCUCAUUCCCUCACUACGACGUACCUUUUUUGUUGUUUACUCUUGAUAUUUUUUUCUUCUUGCGUCUCCAUCAUUAUUCAAUUCGCGCCCGACUCUGCUGGCGCCCGUGAGUGCGUCUCCGCCACCACGGCCGCUAUCUCGGCUUCGGACUACCAACAUCAAAUUGCCUUCCCGACCGAUCGGCUCGCGACCUUUGCGAAUACUACACCAGCAGCAGCUUGGAGCUAACGUAAAGCUAGAGAGGGGUUACCCCAAAGGUUGCUCUUACUCACUGUACACCGCUGCCGCGCGCCGUUUCGUAUCACGCAGCGCCCGCCCGUAAGCGACUGCAGAAUAUCCUCAUCCAAGACCUCUGGUCUCCCCGAACACGCCAGCUCAUUUGCUUUUUCGCCCCCUGGCAUAGUUCGCCCGCGCGCCGAGACUCCCGGGAAACGGCAGACCUUUCCCUCCCUAGUAAUAUCAUUGUCUUAUUACCCGCCGUUUAUUCCUCAUUGUCUCUCACCCGAUCGACACCGACACCGACCAUCAUCCGAUCCCGGAGCUUGUUGCAUUUUCCAAGCACCGACCCUUUUAAGGUUCCAUCGUCCGGAUCUUCUUCAGCUCACCCAACAACACCGCAGCAAGCCAAGCAGCAACUCAACUUAGGCCCGAAAACAAGGCGCAGGCGCAACUAGCUCGUCAUCCCACCGCCGCCCCCGUCCCAACCUUUUCCCGGCCUCAUCCCUCGAGUGUACACUACCUGGGCAAGGUAGUGCAAGGUAGCCACCCAGGCCCAAACAACAAAGCCGACAGGCACUGCCUGGUCUCUGCGCUUCUGCUGGUCGCGUAAACCUCGACCCGGCCCAUUUUUCUUCUCCUUGUAGGGACAGCCGCACCGAUCACUGCAUCCGUCGUCCUGCACCUGCUCCUGCGCCUGUGCCUGCGCCUGCAGACCGGGAAGGAACCACUGGGGACCGCAUUCCAGUCAACAACACACCUCUCGCCUUUCGCUGUGGAGGGGAAACAAACAACAAAGUCAACAAAAAACAUCACACAACCACCACUACCACCACCCCCGUUCCCUCUUUUCCGCCUUCUUCUUCCCUCUUUCGACACCUUUCCGACCAACUCGACGACGACGACGACAACCUCCUCAAUUCCCAUCUCUCCGUUCUUCUUUUUUCUUCUCUUCCCGUUCUUCUCCCCUUCGCUUUUCUCUCACACCUUCUGCAGACGGGCAGCCGGCUCUGCACGCCCCACGCCUAAGACAUACCUUCCGGUGGCUUCCAGCAGUACCUACUUAGCUGUUCGACUCGACCAACAAUCACGACCACAGUCUGUCGACUAAUUCCGCAUCAGCGACCGACACCCAUCACACGACGCACCGCGGAUACUCGCACUGGAUGUCGCCAUAACGUAUCUGACGGCGGCAUCCCCCAUUCUUCCCCAUCAACAUGGCUACCUCACUCGCCGUCGACAAGCCCCAUUUGCUGCCCGCUUCUGCGGAUGCGACCGACCCCUUCGUCUCGCCGCCUGGCCCCGCCCACCAACGCUACUCUAGCUUCGACAACCAAUCUUUCGCACUCGGCGCUGGUUCAUCACCAGGCCAGGCCAAGCGCGCAUUGCAGGCACAUAUCGCCGACACCGAACGACGCCUCGACGAAGCCGGAAAGCUGGGAACUGCCCUUGUGCAGCAGCGCAAGGAGCUCGCAGAGCGAUUGAAGGAGGUAGAAGAGCAUGAAGCAGAAGGGGAACUAGCACCCGAACUGCGCGCCAAACUCGCCGAUAUCGAGAAGGAGUACCAAGAUGUUGCCCGAGAGACCGCCAGGGCCUUCUUGCCCAAGCAGAGAGUCCCCAGCAAUGAAGCUGCAGGGGGCUCACCCUACGUGCCCGACGGAAGGAUAGGAAGACGCUCCGUCAGCCCCUCAAAGUUCGAGAAGCUCGAGGUUCAGGCCACUGGAUCGCCUUCCAAGCUCAAUAUCCCGAACCGCAAAGUGAGAAACCAGCCUGCCAACCGCAUUCAUGACAUUGAGUUCGCUGCCGAAAUCAGCACUUCUCUCAUCGCCCAGGUCCGCAACCUUCAAUCACUCCUCUCCGAGAAGGACGAGGAAUUGCGCGACAUCAAGGUCGACAAGUCCAGGCUGGAAAUCGAGAACGAGAACUUCCAGCAGCGUGUGAAAACCCUGGACGAGAGCGAAAACAGAUACAAGGAUGAGAACUGGAAUCUCGAGACCCAGGUUCAUGACUUGAUUGCUGCGCAGAAGGAUGCCGCAGACCGAGAGAAGAAGCUGUCGCAGAGCCUGAACGUCCUCCAGGCCGAGAAGAACUCGGCGCAGAAGGAGCUUGACGAAGCUAAGGUCUCGCUUGCUAAGCUCGCCGAGGAGCAUGAGCGUGCAGUGAAGCAUCUUGACCUGGACUUGACCACUUCUAAACGAAAUGCCGCCUCGGCCGAAACCGAGAGGAAUGCUUUGCGGCGCAAGGUUGACGACCUGAUGAGCCAAAACACGGAGCUCGCCAAGGCCAUUUCGGUCCAGCGCGGCCGUUUGUCUGAUCGCGACUUUGUCCGCGGUGUUAGCGACGAGGACCUUGAGGCUGCGACUGACGGUUUCACCCCCGAGCACUCUCCCCCGCCCUCGCCCAUCAAAGGCACUCCUCGUCAUGCCAUGCUAGAAUCCGAGACGCUCAAGAGCUCCCUACUGCACGCCCAGCGAACGAUCCAGAGCCAAAAGACCGUUAUCCACCGCGAGAAGACCGAGAAGCUCGAGCUUAAGCGACUGCUCCAGGACACGCGCGAUGAACUGGAGAAGCUGCGUACCGAUGCUGCGCCUGUUCCUGCCCGUCGCAACCGCAAGGUGGAGUCGAGGGAGUUCAAGAAGCCCUCCCGCGGCCUGCUUGGUGGUCACCGAAGCAGCAGAAACGAGGUUUACCAGGACGACCCGGACUGGGAAGAGGCAACGGAAAUUGGUAGCCCCAGGACUUCCCCCACCGUUCGCUCGAACUCGACCAUCCGCAGACCGAACAGCCGACCUGGCAGCUCCUACAGACCUCAAUUCACCGACGUCAGCGAUCAUUUUGAGACGGCCAACGAGACCAGCGAUGCUGCCUUUGAGACGGCCAAUGAGCGUGGAACGGAGACAGAGGACUUCCAGACCGGCAUCGAGGACUUCUCCGGCGACGACACCGAGACUGAGACCGAAAGCCCGUCCAAGGGUCGCGAGCUGCGGCCUCAGGUCCUUGCCAUGACCGGCGGCCGCAAUUCAUACGACAGCACUGCUUCAACCUCGGCCGACGAAGAGGAAGAAUACGUCGAGUACAGGACGCCGACAUCUCAACACUCGCACCAACGCAUGCGCGUCAAGAUGUCGCGAGGAAUCAUGAACCGCCGGUCGAGACAGCUGAGCGAGGACCCGAGCUUCCAGGGUAGCCCUGCCAGUGCCGCCACGGGUAGCGCUGUAGGAACACCACAACCCGGCGGCCAGAGCUUGUUUGCAGAGCUUGCCGACCUCGAGACCAGCGACGCUGAGUCUGUCGAGGGAACCCCCAACCGCUCAAGAUCCGCCACUGGUGACUCUACGGAUAUGACCGCAGCCUCUGCAUCUUCUGUCCCCGCAUUGUGCCAUGACAUGGCUGACAGCGGAAGCAUGACAGACCCCGUGAAGAGGGCCGCAGCUUCCAAGCCCACGAUGGUCGACAGUGGUAUGAUGACGGAGCCCAUGACCGAAUCGCCUCCCCUCUCGCCGGCCAGUGUGGCUCAUGAAGAAAGGAGCGUGUCGAUGGGAUCCAUGCUGGCCGCCCAGCAACUCUCACGCCAAUUGUCGUCUGACGAAGCCACCGGAAUCCGUUCCCGUCCACUGUCGACACUUUCUUACAGCGACGCGGGCGCUCAGUACGACGUGGACAUGGAUGCGAAGCUGGCACAGUUCCCGAUGCCACCAUUCACCCCUAAUCACUACAUCCUGCCGCCGUCGCCUGAGCUCACCCUGUCCUCGAUCGAUGCUCAGGAUAUAGAGCCCGUCAUCGAGCCCGAAACGCCUCUCCCCCCACCGCCAGAGCUCACCUUGACAUCUUUGGUCUCUGAGGCUGUCGAGCCGAAGGCGGAGCCCGAAAUUGUGCCGCCAACACCCGUCCUGGCUUUCACGCCUCUUGUCUCGGAGAAUGUCGAGCCAAAGGCCGAGCCCGAGGUGCCGCCUCCGACGUUGAGCAUUUCAACAUACUUGUCAGAGACGAUCGAGCCGCUGGCCGAGCCAGAGGUGCCACCUCCCAUCCUCACCCUGUCGGCCCUUCAUGCCCACAACCUUGAGCCCGUGGCCGUGCCCGAGACGCCCCUGCCGACGCUCACCUUGUCGGCCUUGCACUCUCGCGACCUUGAGCCUGUGGCCGAGCCUGCAAUGCCGCCUCUGACCCUUGGUCUCUCUGCCCUGCACGCUCACAACCUCGAGCCCGUGGCUGAGCCCGAGACACCUCCGCCGACGCUCACAUUGUCGACGUUGCACUCGCACAAUCUUGAGCCGGUUGUUGAGCCUGAGACCGUGCCCCUGGUGCCCGAUCUUACUUUGUCAGCUUUGGUGUCUGAAAAUAUUGAGCCCAAGGAAGACCCCGAAGAGUCUCAAGCUCUUGCAGUUGUGCCUGCUCCUAUCCCGGUGGCAGCGCCCGUGCCGGCGCCGACUCUUACCCUAUCCUGGAUCGCGUCUGAGAACGUGGAGCCGAGAGAGGAGGCAGAGGUUCCUGUCAUUGCACCCGUCCUCAGCCUUUCAGCGAUCGCUACGGAACACGUCGAACCUGUGGCCGAGCCAGAGGUUGUCACCCCUGCCGCGCCUGUCCUCAGUCUCUCAGCGCUUCACUCUCACAACCUCGAGCCAAGAGCCGAACCAGAGAUACUCCCUCCUGCCCUCAGCCUGUCGUCCAUCGUGGCGGAGGGUGUUGAGCCCAAGGCCGAGCCUGAGAUCAUUCCGGAGGUGCCAACCCUUUCAUUCUCGCUGAUUGCUGCCGAGAACAUUGAGCCGAAGGCCGAGCCCGAAGUGGUUGUUCCGUUACCUGUCCUCAGCCUUACGCCAAUCUCCUCUGAGGAUAUUGAACCCAAGGCUGAGCCAGCGCCGGUCCUUACCGUGUCUUCGAUCUCGUUCGCAGACAUUGAGCCUCUCGCGGAGCCGGAUGUACAGGCGCAGGCGCCCCCCGCCCUCAGCCUCUCCUCUAUCUCGUCCGAGGACAUUGAGCCCAAGGCAGAGCCUGAGACACCCGAACCUACUCCUGCAGUUCUUGCGUACUCCGACAUCCACUCUGAGCAUGUGGAGCCUCGUGCUGUCCCUCUCCCCGCUUUGGACUUCUCGGCCGUCCUUUCUCAGCACGUAGAGCCCGUUGUUGCGCCGGAACCCGUGGCACCCAAGCACAACUUUGCUUUCUCUACCAUCGAAUCGAUUGAGACGCAACCCAUCUCGCCUAGAAGCCCGAAGCGGGACGCCUUCAUCCUCCCACGCGACAUGGAGUCUCGUUUUGAUGAGAAGGAUACACCAAGGACGCCGCCCAAGAAUGCACUGAUGAACUCUGCUCUUGGUCGGGGAAAGAACAAGACCGCCGACAGCCCCGUCAUCGCGGAAGACGAUACCAGGCAAUCGCCCAGUGAGAACAGGCUGUCCGAGACUCCCGAGUCCCAGCGGCCGUUCAAGGAGUUAUCAACCAACACCAAUGGCAACGGUAGAACGGCGCGCAAGCCAACGGGUACCAUGUCCGACUCUGGAGCUCAGACUUCUCUGACUGCUGAAGCUAUCGACGAAAUGCUGCUCGCAAAGACCAAGGCCACCUCCGACAAGUCACUGUCGAGCUUCGGAACCCCGAGCACCCCGGGCACCGUUCGCAUCCGCCGCCCGUCUCACGACAGUCUCAGUAGCUUCUCCACUGAGAACAAGAUGGACGCGGCGUUCAAGCGACCUGGAAGUGCCAACAGCAACCUUGCGCCCGCCCAGCCGCUGCCUCCUCUGCCCUCCAACCACAAGGAGGCCAUCGAAGCUGCGAGAAGUGGGUCUUCCCACGGCAGCGCGGUCAUGGGUCCUCCCUUGUGGCCCGCCUCGGCGAUGAGGAGCCAGCGGCCCCAGACUCCCAACGACGCGAGGCCGCAGUCGCCUCUGUCCAUUUCUACGUCGACAAAGGCUACGCCCACUGUUCGUGUUUCCCGAGCUGGUGCACCUCACACCACUGUCGAGGUCCACUCACCGACUAAGCUGUCGACUAUGAGCAGACACUCCUCGGUGUCUUCGUUCGUCUCUGAGAUCGACCAUCGGUUCAACCCCCAGGCUGAGCUGGCUGCGGCGACCGGCUUCGGCCCUAACACCGACCCUCGCAUGAUCCAGGCCAUCACGCAGACCAUGAUCGGAGAAUAUCUGUGGAAGUACACUCGCAAGGCAGGCCGAGGAGAGAUCUCCGAUUACCGACACAGACGCUACUUCUGGGUCCACCCCUACACUCGAACUCUGUACUGGAGCGAUCGUGAUCCAGCGACGGCCGGCCGGUCUGAACUUCGCGGCAAGAGUGUGCCCAUCGAGGCCGUACGUGUGGUAACCGACGACAACCCGAUGCCGCCCGGCCUCCACCGCAAGAGCUUGAUCGUCAUCUCGCCCGGCAGAACCAUCAAAUUUACUUGCACGACUGGCCAGCGCCACGAGACAUGGUUCAACGCCUUGUCGUACCUCUUACUUCGCACGGCCGACGAGGGUCAGUCAGAUGUCGAAGAGAUGGCCGGACACAUUACACAGGCCGAUGUGGACGAGUUCAACCCUCAGUUUGGCCGCCGUACCAACUCGACGGCUCGUCAGAGACCGCCGCCAUCCCUGUCGUCCUACAACUCGCGGACCACCCGUAAUCAGUCUCCGGCAAUCGACAUGUCGAUGAACAUGCCCACGCUGACUCCGAACAACCACCACGCUCAGGCCCAGAGACCUGCUAUUGGCACGCUGGGUAGGAUUAGUGGCUACUUUGGCACCUUUUCGAGUCUCAGAAGCCGUUCCGCGGCUACCGCGAGCCCUAGCAUUUACGAAGCAAGCGAGGUGCACGACAGCGCUGAAGACCUCCGGGAGAUAAUCGAGAGACAAGACCGGGACGCCGACCGACUCGAAAACGUGCGCGCUUGCUGCGAUGGCAAGCACGAUGUCGGUACCCUUCACCACUCUAAGCGAGGUCGGCCCGCUGGAUCCCAUUCCCACUCUCACUCCAACUCUUACUCUGGGCCUUCCACGGCCACGCCGUUGAGCACGAUGAAGGCGCGAGCAUAAGCUGCCGUUUAAUAUGGAUGCCCAACGACAUCUACUGGUGGCUGUUGACCAGUCUGAAAAGUAGUAUAAACCAUUGAAGUACUUGCAAUCCACUCGCUACACCAAAAUUGGCCUCAUGGGAAAGCCAAACCCUCCCCUCAUGAUCAAUUCGCUCUCACGCAACGGAUCACGACGUCUAUGACAACCAUCUCUUUGUCGUCUUUGCCUAGGAUGCCCUGCGUCGCGAGAACCCAGGCCCCUUUUCUUUCCGUUUCGGACCUAAUCUCAAUCACGACUGCAUCUAGGACCCUUGCGUCCUCACGACCCAGAAAAAAAACUCAUUUCUCUACGCGUCUUGCUUGUCUCGACCACAACCACUACGCACCGACCAACUGCUUACUUGUCAGACAUUACCUGGAUGCUUGCUAAGCAUGCUUUUUGCGCCGCUUUUUUGUUUUUGUUUUGAUACCGGGAGCAACCAGUCAUCGUAUGCUCGGGGUUGAUAAUUAGCAAGACUAUUGUUUGCAAGACUUGCACCAUGGCCGCGGCAAUAGAAUUUAUACAGGACAGGGAACGGGGAGGAACGCUAGGAAGAAAACACAGCGAUGUACCCAGUUGCGAUAUGCGAUUGGAGUCAAGUUUUGUCUUCUCCCUCUGCGGGUGUCUUCUAAUAUUGCCCGGCUCUACGAAGUGGAUAUUUCUGUUGGCAGAACAGACCACACACCAAAAACAGCCUGCUUUUUCUAUGUACUCUCUUUUCAACUACCCUCUUUUCUUUAUGUUCGUACCAUCAGAGCAAACGGACCCUCUCGACUCUUCUCUCUCCUACCCACGGAAUUGGGGAAGGCAGAGGGACGGAUUUGGAAGGUUUAUCGGAUUACUUUGGGGAGUUGGGACACUCUGUAGAUGUAAUGCAUAGUUGCCUCUCUGCCCUGAC